CGCAAUAUAGGAAGUAAGUUCCCCAACCUGUCGUCUGUGUUGACAGCUCGAGCUGGACAUUUACAAUACACACCUGGUUACAUACGUUCACCGUAUCGUUCUAUUUUUGUUUCUGAGUGAUAUUCUACAACAAAUACAACCUCGACUGGCAGUGAGCUGACGAGGUAGCAAGAAUCCAUGAGUCGCAGUCGAAACCCCCCUGCCCGGGGCCAAGGGGCAGCUCGAGCUAAACAGAUGGGGCUGCUCCUUGACCUGUCCCCGGACGGAGGGAUGGAUGACGAUGGGAAUGACGAGGAGCUGGAGGCGGAGCUGCUGAAUCUGAUGGGGGGAGGAGGGAGGUCACAGGGGAAGAAAAGUGAAGGUCGAGCCCCCGUUCACAUGGAUGAAAUAGCGCGAAUGGCAGCUAUUUGCAUGAAAGACGUAGACGACGAAGAUUUGGAUGAUGAAGAAUUGGAUGACGAAGACUUGCUGGCAGAAUUGAAUGACGUUUUGGAGGAUGAUGAGGAGCAAGCCCCUGCUCCCACUCUUCCUAGCACCUCACUGGCUGCUCCUAAAGUGAGCAUCACAUCCCACUCUGCUCCUCCAGCUGUUCCCAGUGGUGCAACUGGGAUGGAGGCCCGUCUAUUGGAGCGUAUUGAAAUGUACAAGACUGCCAUUUCUAAUGCCAAGGCUGCAGGAGAGACCAGCAAAGUUCGCAGAUACGACCGUGGAUAUAAGACAUUACAGUCCAUGUUGACAUCUGUCAAGAAAGGAAAAUCAGUUAAUGAGGAAGAGAUGCCUCCUCCAGUUGCCAUUGGGGGAAAAGCUGCUGCCGCAGAAGAGACUGAAUCUGUUAAAGAACGAGAACUGCCUGAACCAGCGCUGAUGCCUUCUCCACCCAUCAAUCAGAAACCUCUGAGAGAGGCUCCGCCAACAGCCCCCAAUACUAAGCCGAUGCUUCUUACCCCGCCCCAAAAGCCUGUUGCUGCCAUUACCCCAGAAACACCUGCGAUCUCUCCACUCACUCCUAGCCAACCUGAUACGCAGCACUCUGAGUUGAAACAGGUCGUGUUGACCAGACAGAGGGAAUACAAGAUGGCUGCCAUAAACGCCAAACAGAGUGGAGACAUCGACCAGGCCAAACAGCUCUACAUUACUGCCAAAAAGCUGGACUUGCUGGUCGAGGCACUGGACAGUGAUGAACCGGUAGAUCUCGGCUCUCUACCUCCUCCUCCUGGAGAAGUAUUAGCUGAACACUGUGCACCUCCUCCCACUCAGUCUUCCACCAAGUCUGCUGCUCCUGCUGCUCCUGCUGCUCCUGGAUCCACCAAUGUGGCCCCUACAGACCUGCCUGUUCCCAGCAGUGUGGCAGAAGCCCUGCAGCAGAGGAUGGACAUCUACAAAUCAGCAGCAGAUGGCGCUAAGAACAAAGGAGAUGAUCGUAAAGCUCGCAUGCACCAGCGCAUUGUCAAGCAAUACCAGGAUUCCAUCAAAGCUCAUAAAGCUGGGCGACCUGUCAACUUGUCUGAUCUACCCGUGCCACCAGGCUGUCCACCACUUCAGGGCACAGAGGGGGGUCAACAGAACUUCCUAGGUGUCCUGGAAACGGCUAUGAAAAUAGCUAAUCAGGAUCCAGAUGCAGAGGAUGAUGAAGAGGAGGGUCCACCACAGGCCGCCAAACCUGCUGUACGCCCAUCCGCCCAGAAAGCUAAGUCUCCAGCUCCACAGGCCCCUAAACUGGGACCUAAAGCCCAGCAGCAAGUGGAUUUCCUGUUGCUACGGCGACAGGCGUUUUUGCGUGCAGCACUGCGCUCCAAACAGAUGAAGGACAUGACGGGAGCCGCGCAGCACCUCAGGCAUGCCAAAGGACUGGAGCCUAUGAUAACUGCUGCCAAGUCCGGCCUACCUGUUGAUGUCACCAAGAUUCCCAAUGCCCCAGAGGAGGACUACUCAUUUUCUCGCUCCCGCACCUCCCCUCACUCCUCUCGCUCCAGUGAACAGUACCAUGGCCUUAUGGAUCUUUUACGAAAACAACACGAGAAAUGCCUGGGCUUCUCUCAGCAGUUCUCACGCAUGGGCAGUGUAGCUGAGGCUCUGAAGUUUGAGAAACUAGCUGAGGAGUGUAUGAAGAACAUAGAGAUACUGAAGAACGCCUACGCCAAAGGCCAUCCAGUCCCCAAGUGUCGCACAGAGGAGAGGACCUUCAGCUCUGUCAAGACCAAUUCCAACCUGACAGCCAAUGAACUGAUGCUGUACAUAAUCAGAGGUAUCAACCUGCCACCUCCCUCAGGUGUCUCCGCUAACGAUCUGGAUGCAAGUGUGAAAUUUGAGUUCCCUUUCCCCAGUGCGGAGGAGGCUCAGCGGGACAGAACCAGCACAGUAAAGGACACCAGCAGCCCAGAGUUCAAAGAACAAUUCAAACUCAACAUCAACCGUAACCAUCGAGGCUUUAAACGAGUUGUCCAGUCGAAAGGCAUCAAGUUUGAAAUCAUCCACAAAGGAGGCUUGUUUAAGUCAGACAAAGUCGUGGGUACAGCUCAGCUGAAGCUAGAGGCUCUGGAAAACCACUGUGAAAUUAGAGAGAUCAUAGAUGUGAUGGAUGGACGUAAAUCCACCGGUGGAAAGUUGGAGGUGAGGGUGAAGCUCAGAGAGCCUUUGUCGGGACUCGAUCUCCAGCCAGUUACAGAGAAGUGGUUGGUUCUUGAUCCCGUCUCCUCCCUUUCUCCUCCAGAGAAACAAAAGGAACGUGCUCCAUCUCCUCGGUCUAAACCCAGACAUGAAGUGAGUAGAAACAGUCAUCCCAACAGCCCUGAUCCACAGUACAAACUCCACAGCUUCAGCCUCCUCAACUAUGACAGGGAGCGGCUGGAGAGAAAGAUCACAGAGUACAGGAAGAAUCGACGGGAUCCCCCGUCUGACCUCAUCCAUCAACACAAAGAGAUCACUCACAGACUCCAGUGGCAGAAGGCACAGCUGGAGCGAGCGUCUCCCGCUCUGCUGACAGAAUAUGAAAACGUGCUGCGGCGUUUCGCCCAAGGACUUGGUGACUCUGUGAAGAAAUACUCCAGCCAAGGCAACAGAGAUGCUGCCAAAGAUGCACUGGGCAGGUUCAAGAUGGUAGAGAAUGAGCUGGAUUCUCUGAAAAGGAAACGCAUGGCAUAGGAAGAGGAAAGGGAGAGUGGAGACUUGGCCGGAGCACUGUCCUUUGUUUUCCUCUCUCUCUCUCUCUCUCUCUCUCUCGCCGUCUCUCUGCCUGUCUCAUACAGUACACAUUCAUAUACAAACACUACAGUACGGUAUUUAAGGCAUAUCUUUUGCUGCUCAUGUCCUUGACAACUUGCAUGAACCAACCGGCGAAUUCUGUCAGCUGCUCACAUAACGUUGUGUCUUUUGCCGUUACAUGAGAUUUUAAUCUGUAACUACAAAGGGACCAAAAUGAAAGCAAGCAUUAGGAUGGGUUAAAGAGAUAAUCAGAGACAUUUAUUUGCACUUAAACAAGAAGAACACUCCAGGCAACUGCUGCGGUAUAGAAGAAAAGCUUUAUUGACCGUAAUUCUGUUAAUUAAUUUUUGUAUUUCCUUAUUACUUUUUAGAAUUUUUGGUUAAGAUACCAGUUGUUGGACUUCCUAUUUCACAUUUGACACCAGCGCAAAGAGUCUUUUGGGGUCGAUCUGUGACCAAUAAACGUGUAUGCGUGUAUGCUUGAUCUGAAGUGUGUGGAACUAAAUAGAAUGAGGGUUUUAUUUCACCCCUUUUUCCCAUAUUUUAUGUGUGUAAUGAGCUUAAUCUCAUCUGUCUGCUCUAGUGUCCCCAGAUUAGAGUAAUCUGCUCCGUUUGGAGGGGUGUGAUAUGGGAAUAAAAAAGAGAAACGGCUUUGGCCUACAACCCAUAAUGACGGAUUAGCGCGUGUGUCACCAAGGAGACGACUCGAUCAGACGUAAAGUCGCCUUUGGUGCUGUGGGGGGGGUUAACAGCGUGCCGUGAUUGUGGUAGAAGCUUAGUCCUGCUAAAGAAGUGCUUCUUCUACUUUAGCUGUUUCUUCCUCAUCUUCACCUUUUUUUUUCUUCACACUAAUUCAUUGCAUUUAUUCAGAGAUUAUUAUGUGUUGAUUUAUACGUUGCUCCUCCUGUAUUUUCGUUGAACUCGGAACGCAAUAUUAAGUCCAUUGUGCUGCUGAUUUUGAAAUAAUUAGCAGCUGGUGUGUCAGUAUUCUCCACAGACUUAAGUGUUUGCAGUUUACAAAAACAGAUCCUGUUCCACUGAGCUUUCCUGUGGCAGCACAGUGGAUUCUGAAUUGUCUGCCCACACAAGGACAGUGUCUAUCAGUAAGGCUGGGCUAGUUUCUAUUUCUGUCCCUGUCAUCUUUGUUAUUCCUCUCCACCUGUCACCUUAUUUGUGACGGUAAAGUCAAACGGGAUCUGGUGAAACUUUGUAAGAUUUAGAUUCUCACUGACAAAGGCACACUGCUUGGAAUCGAUUGUUUACCAUAGAACAGUAGAUAAAGCAAAGAUGUUUAGGGUUGUCUGCGCUUUUUGGUGCCGAGGACAGGUGAUUCAUAGCCUGGUGUUUGUCAUCCUGCUAACCUGACAUUGUGUUGAAUGUUUAUUUUUGACUCUGCUUUGGGAUGGAUGAGGGCUUAUAUUCCUGUUGGCCUUAAUCUACCCAAUUUCUCUCUUAAUUAGUAAAUAAUCCUGGUUAAAGUUGACCUGGCUCUCCUGUAAUUUGUCUGAAUCUCCCUCGAUGUAUAUUUUUUAUAUGUAAGCAUGCACCUCUGAUUAAAAUGGCAAAACUCUUAGUGUAGGCUGACACUUUAGACCAAUUUUUAAGCAUCUCCUGUAGAAGUCAUGUACAUACACUUUCAAAGAAUGCCUCACAGUUUCAGACGUGUGAAGGAAGUUCUCUCCUCCUGUCACCCGCUGGAGUCCAUAUGCUGCUGGUCGGCCUUUCGGUCAUUAUAGUUACGGUGGUUACGUUAGCCUGGUUCCUAGAUGAUUAGAUGAUUGUCGGUUCUUAUUCCAGUUUGCCCAGUUUGCUCUGGGGGGUUUUCAGCUUCCUCCAUCAGUCCAAAAACUGUGAUUUGAGACUGUAAACUGACUGUAGGCAUGCCGGCCAAUGUCUGCUUGGUUUGGCUUUAGCUCCCCCUGUGACCCUGAGUGGUAUAGAUGUAUGCACUCACCUGCCACUUUAUGAGGUACAGAAAUUGCUGUCUGCAAACCUUGGUGUUUGUUUGUGAGCGGUUCAUUGAGUGACUACUACGAGUUAGUAUUGCAUGUCGAGCAUUAUGAACCAGCCGUUCACCUUUGACCUCUGGCAUCAACAACAACAUUUUCUGUGCAGAUAUCUGUGUCUUACUGGUUAUUUUUUUCUUCUUUAAGAACACACUCUAGAGAACCCUGAGAGAUGGCUGUGUGUGGAAAAUCACAGUGGAAUGACAGAUUCUGAAAAACUCAGUAUUUGCAUUGAUCAUCAGUUGAACAGGUGUAUCUAAUAAAGUGGCCAGUGAGUGUAGAUUCCAAAGAUUAGCAUCGAAUACUAACUUUUAACUCUGCCUGCCUAGCACUUAUUUUUAUUACUGAUUAUUCCCUGAUUGUUAAUGGUCAGAAAAAUGUCUCAUAAAUACAUAGUAACUCCAUUUGUAUGAUCCUAACAAUAAACUGUGGCUUAAUGAAUGAAAUAAAUAGUGGAAGUGAGCAUAUGCAGUAGCUCGGUGAGUUUUAGCAUUAGCAUUAGCAGCACAUUGAACUGCAGCUACAGUACACAGUGCCCCGGUUUGUAUAAACCAAUCGUUUUUAACCCUCACUUCACUCCAAACACUCAAGCUCCUGCAGCCCACUCCUGAAGUGACCUUGUGACCUCUGAGGUUGUCCUGUUGUCAUGGCAACAAGCUCAUCAGCAUUCAGUUGCGGUACCUGGAUGGUCAGGACCCAGGCAGAGGGACAUGUUGUUGGUUUGUCCCGCUGGUGACUCCCCAGCCCUUUCUUGCAUUUAUGCAACACACUCCUCCCUCUCUCUCUCUCUCUCCCUCUCUCUUCCAUUAAGUUUGUACUGUAAACUGACCACACUCCAUUUACAAAAGAAGAAAAAAGAAAGUUCAUCUUUCUGUCAUUAUCCGCUCCAGUUUAUGUUUUUCAUACGGGCUUGGGGAAGAUGCUAUCGUUGAACCUGCAACAUAUACAUAUAUAUAUUUUUAAUCUGUUAACUCAUAUAAGGGCAAUCAAUAUAAAAGUGAUGUAAAUAUACAGCAUCAUUAUGCACUGUCUCUUUUUAAGCGUGAGUCAUAAUGAUUUGUGUGGCUCAAAAAUGGGAAUGUAUAAACGCCUGAUUAUUUAGGCUUUAGGAUCUUAUACAGUAUACGAGGUUGGUGUUGACAUAAAUAAAAUGGUAUCAGCUCUGA